AUGGCCAAAGUUGAGGGCGCGCCAGCACACGGUGCUGUAGCCCACCUCCUACCACAAACGUACAAGCGACUGGUCUCGGAAUGGCUCGAGGAGGACACACCGAGCUUCGAUUAUGGUGGCUUCGUUGUGGGCGAGGAAAUAUCUGAGGCGAAAUUGCUAGGGAAAAGCGAAGGCAUAGUUGCAGGCGUCCCCUUCUUCGAUGAAGUCUUCCGGCAACUGGGCUGCACUGUAGAAUGGCACGUCAAAGAAGGUGCCUCUUUCCAACCUGUAACUCACUGCGCCACGGUACGCGGCCCUGUCCGCCACCUCCUUCUCGGUGAGCGAGUGGCUCUCAAUACGCUCGCCCGUUGCUCCGGUAUCGCCACCAAGUCUAAUCGUCUACUUACCCUUCUACGUGGAGCUGGCUACCCAAAUAUUCUCGCCGGUACCAGGAAAACUACACCAGGUUUCCGACUCGUGGAAAAGUAUGGCAUGCUAGUGGGUGGUGUAGAUGCGCAUCGAGUUGACCUGAGCGCGAUGACGAUGCUGAAAGACAACCACAUCGUCGCUGCAGGAAGCAUCACCAACGCCGUAAGAGCUGCUAAAGCGGCGGGUGGUUUCGCAAUCAAAGUUGAAGUCGAAUGCCAAUCAUUCGACGAAGCAGAUGAGGCUAUCGCCGCUGGUGCUGACAUCGUCAUGUUGGACAACUUCACUCCUGAGGGUGUUCAGGUCGCUGCCAAAGACCUGAAAGACAAAUGGGGGCGAGGUACUGGAGAUAGGAAACAAUUCCUUGUCGAAGUAAGCGGUGGGCUUACGGAAUACAACGUCGAAAAGUAUGUCUGUGGGGAUAUUGACAUUGUAAGUACAAGCAGCAUACACCAAGGAGUACCACAUGUGGACUUCAGUUUGAAAAUUGUACCGAAGAGUAAGAAGGACGGUGGGGAAAGCUUAGCAGUAUGA